AUGACAACAGAGUCUGGAUUUAUUUUUGGAGAUACAGGGGGUGGCGAUAACCAGGGAUCACUACCACUGUAUUCGGAGCCCUCACCUGACGAACCUCAUUCCUACGUUACUGCGAGAUUCAAAUAUAGUACCAUCGAAAACGGACACGUGGUAAUCACAGGAAGAGAUGGGCCUUUAUUUCAAUACUGCGAGGAUGAGCCGAUCAGAACUCCGGGUGCCAUCCAGAGCUUUGGUGUGAUCCUCGCACUACGAGAAGAGUCUCCAAGCCGCCUUGUGGUUCGUGUGGUCAGCGAAAAUUCCCACCAACUUUUGGGAUACUCUCCCAAUCAACUAUUUGAGCUGGAAAGCUUUUGCGAUAUCAUGAACACAGACCAAUCGGACACGUUGUUGUAUCACGUUGACUCGACCCGUGAAGACAUGAACGACUCUGCUGCGGAUGGUCCUGAAGUUUUCUCCCUCUCUCUUAUCACAGGCUUCGAGCAAACUCGUCGCUUUUGGUGUGCUAUGCACGUCAGCGAAACCCAAAAUGACCUGAUCAUAUGCGAGCUUGAACUAGAAGAUGAUGAGAUCAACCCGCUGAAUAUUAGUGGAACCAAGAAUAACCCGAUCGACACUACCGAGCGAUUUGCGACUCCUAAUAUCAAUCUCAGUCAGCCACUUCGGACUUUCCGUAAUGCUCGGAAACGCAAAGGAGAAGCAGCGACAAUGGAGGUUUUUGGUGCUUUGACUCAGAUCCAGGAGCAAUUGAGCCUAGCUACUAACCUUGAUUCUCUACUUUAUGCUACUGCAGGCCUAGUUAAGGAUCUAACGGGUUUCAAUAAAGUCUUGAUUUAUCAAUUCGAUAACAGCUGGAAUGGUCAAGUUGUUACUGAACUGGUGGAUUCCCAGCUUGAGCCAUUCGUUGAUCUAUAUCAAGACUAUCACUUCCCGGCAUCCGAUAUUCCACCGCAAGCCCGUGAGCUAUACAGGAUUAAUAAAGUUCGGCUACUUUAUGAUCGCGACCAAGUGACCUCACGCCUUGUAUGCCGAACAAUAGAAGACAUAAGAGCACCUUUCGAUAUGACACAUGCAUACCUACGUGCUAUAUCGCCUAUUCACACCAAAUACCUUGCCAAUAUGAAAGUUCGUUCGUGUAUGUCGAUCAGCAUCAAUGGCUCUAAAGAUCUAUGGGGCUUGAUAUCUUGCCACUCCUACGGAGAUGAAGGCAUGCGCGUCUCGUUCCCUGUUCGAAAGAUGUGCCGCCUAAUAGGCGAUAUCGUUUCGCGCAAUAUCAAACGUCUUUCUUACACAUCACGACUACAUGCACGGAGACUAAUCAACGCAUUUCCUACACAGGCCAACCUCUCUCUUUAUAUUAUGACGUCUGCAGAUUACUUACUACGGCUUCUCGGUGCAGACUAUGGAUGUCUCUCUAUUUGCGACGAAACAAAACUUUUUGGAGAUACGUUGAAUACGGUCUCCGAGAUUUUCGCACUUUCGGGAUUUCUCCGUAUACGCCAACCUAACUCCGUACUCGCCUCCCAGGAUAUCAUUCAGGACUUUCCUGACUUAUUCUACCCACCCGGCCUGAGAGUUAUAUCGGGCUUCCUCUUUAUACCAUUGUCCGACGAUGGUCGCGACUCCCUUGUAUUCUUCCGGAAGGGUCAACUAUCUGAGAUCAAAUGGGGCGGUGACCCCUAUAAUACGAAAAAAUGCAGGGGGACCGCACAGUAUCUGGAGCCCCGUAGCAGCUUUGCAGCAUGGCGACAAACAGUUCUGGGUCGAUCUCGCGACUGGUCCGAAGCGGACAUGGAGACAGCGACCAUAUUGUGCUUUGUUUACAGUAAAUUCAUCAAAGCUAGACGCCAAAGACAGGAUUCCAUGCAAAGCUACCUGCUGCUGGUUGACUCGGUCCAGCAGGUCCAGACUCCGCUGAGCUCAAUAAUAACAAAUCUUGAGAUUGCAUUGGGUGGUGAUGCCCUCAAUGCAGAAACUCGUGAAAGCUUGACCAAAUCGCAUUCUGCCAGCAAAUCCCUGAUCUAUGUUGUCAAUGAUCUACUCGAUCUGACCUACACCAGAAAAGAACAAGGGCAUUUUUACCUCCAAAUGAGGGAGCUUUCCAUUGGCGAUGUAGGCAUUCCUCGCACCGUAUUCAGUCCGGGCGUUCAUGCUUGGUGCGUGAAUGUGGCCUAUGAACCAUAUCCCAAGUUGGACUUUGAUCCACGGGGAUUCUUUUUCAUCGAAUGGCAAUUUUUUACUUUGCAAGGUGAACCACUGUAA